GUCCAUCGCGCGCGACGGGCGCGGAGCGGUGGCUGUGGCGGGCGCCGAGGAUGCUGUUCUUGGGAGUUUAUUGCACUCGAGUAGGGAUCAGUUCUCAGAGUCGAGGAGUUAGAAGUGAGAUUUGAGAUAAGUGAGGCCCAUUCAGUGCUGCUUUGGACACCUCCGAAGGGGAAAUGGAGUUAUCAGGAUUGAAAAAGAAGAGUUUGCUAGGACUCAAAGAAAAUAAUAAAAAAUCCAACACUAGGGCUCCCUCACCAACCAAGCGCAAGGAUAGGUCUGAGGAGAAAUCAAAGGACAGGUCUAAAGAUAAAGGAUCCACUAAGGAAUCUGGUGAAAAGGAUCGUGGGCGAGACAAGACCCGCAAAAGACGCAGCGCUUCUAGUGGGAGCAGCAGUACCAGAUCCCGCUCCAGUUCGACUUCCAGUUCAGGAUCCAGUUCCAGCACUGGUUCUAGCAGUGGCUCUAGCUCUUCUUCUGCCUCAAGCCGCUCUGGGAGCUCCAGCACCUCACGCAGUUCCAGUUCCAGCAGCUCCUCUGGAUCUCCCAGUCCCUCUCGACGGAGACAUGACAACAGGAGACGCUCCCGCUCCAAGUCCAAGGCACCCAAGAGAGAUGAAAAGGAGCGUAAAAGGCGGAGCCCGUCACCCAGACCCACAAAAGUGCAUGUUGGAAGGCUCACUAGGAAUGUCACCAAGGAUCACAUAAUGGAAAUUUUUUCCACUUAUGGAAAGAUUAAAAUGAUUGACAUGCCAGUUGACAGGCUAAAUCCACACCUCUCAAAAGGUUAUGCUUACGUGGAGUUUGAGAACCCAGAUGAUGCUGAGAAAGCCCUGAAACACAUGGAUGGAGGCCAGAUUGAUGGUCAGGAGAUCACAGCCACUGCUGUGCUGGCACCACGACCUAGGCCACCUCCCCGACGCUUUAGCCCACCCAGGAGGAUGCUGCCACCACCACCCAUGUGGCGCAGGUCGCCCCCUCGCAUGAGGAGAAGGUCCCGGUCUCCCAGGCGCAGAUCCCCUGUUCGCCGGCGGUCGAGAUCUAGGUCUCCUGGCCGGAGGCGCCACCGCAGCCGCUCCAGCUCCAACUCUUCACGAUAAAGCAAAAAGACUGGACAGCUUUUUAUUUUUUAACUUAAAUCCUGUCAGACUAAAUAUUGUACCUUUUUUUUUUUUUUUUUUUUUAUAUAUAUAUAAUGGGUCUGUGGGAGGAGGAGUGAGAGAGAAUCCUGGCAAUGAGGGCAACCUAAGAGGAGAGAGCUAAAGCUCCCAGCCAGUAGAUCACCUUUGCUGUGGGGCUUCUGGUUUCCUGGUAUUGAAUUGAAAUUAUUUUAAAUGGCUUUGAUUUUUUUCAAAGGCUGCAAAAACAUCUUUUCCAGGUAAACAGAAGGAAAGAUGUUACAACUAGUUAGCAGGCUGCUGCUUGGUGAUCUCUAAAUGCUUUGCACGCUGUAUAGACAAGCAUGUAAAUCUUGAGCUGUUUCAAGAAACCCUGCAUGGUGAGGCAGGGAGGCAUUUACCUUCAUCUCUAGGUGCCAGCACAGGGUUUUUCAGAGCAGCUGGAGUCCAGAUCUGCCCAAGACUUAAUACUGAGUUGUCACUUUAUUCCAUUAGUUUCUGCAGAUGAAGCUCUUCUGUAACAUACCUACCAGGCGAUCAUCACAGAAACCACAGUCCCGCCCACUGAACAUGAUACUUUAGAAAAGAAGCUGGAAAUCUUAAGAACUGCUUUAUAGCUGUCCCUGUAAGUGAUAUAUUUUACCUUUUCUUAAAGGGUCUUGGUAAAAACUUCCUAGACAACCCCUCAGUGAGAUGGUGUGAGUGCUUCUGCUUGUUCAGAUCUCAAAUUGGCAACUGAGCAUCAACCCCCUGGAAACUGCAAGGCAGGGAGGGAGGGUCAAAGCUGUCUGGAUUAAGCUGGGUUCACACAGAAAGGCAAAGAAUUUACCACCUGUUGUACAGUCAAUACUAUAAAGAUUUUGUUUUGUUUUGUAUCACUUUGUAGCCUUUUGGGCCAUGUUGUGUUUGUACUUGUGUAGGAUGAGCAACUAUUGAAUAAAGCAGUAGGGUUGAGAAUAA